GGCUUAAAAGGGGAAGCAAGAAAAUGUAGCGAUCAUACUGACUCAGAGAAGGCAGAGAGCGAGUACGGGCCCCUGUAUUUUCGUCAGGGCGUUCAGUUGAGGAGUUUUUGAUUGAAUAAGCGAGUCGUCAUCCACUCCUCAUCAUCAUGUCAAACUUAACGAAACGUAACUCGAGCACGUCUGCGGAACGGAGCGACGAGGAUAAACAAGCGAUGGAGAAGAUGCUGGCGUCCGGGGAUCCUGCUCUGCCUACCUCGGAUCGUGAUACAACAGAGAAAGGAGACGUGAAUCUUAAAAGGAACAUCACGCUAUUGAACGGCGUGGCUAUUAUUGUAGGCACGAUAAUCGGAUCCGGCAUCUUCGUCACCCCCACUGGCGUAAUCAAAGAAGCCGGGUCGGUGGGAUUGUCCCUCAUCGUCUGGGCCAUCUGCGGGGUGUUCUCCACUAUUGGCGCGCUCUGCUAUGCUGAGCUGGGGACCACUAUUACAAAAUCCGGCGGGGAUUAUGCCUACAUCCUAGAAGUAUACGGAUCCCUCCCGGCCUUCCUCAAACUCUGGAUCGAGCUGCUAAUCAUCAGACCGUCCUCGCAGUACAUCGUGGCUUAUGUGUUUGCUACCUACCUCCUGAAACCCGUUUUCCCUGACUGUCCAGUACCGGACAGCGGAGCCAAACUAGUAGCAUGUCUCUGUAUACUAUUGCUGACCGCAGUGAAUUGCUACAGCGUAAAAGCUGCCACUCGAGUUCAGGAUUUCUUUGCUGCAGCUAAGCUUCUUGCCCUCGGUCUCAUCAUCAUCAUUGGCUUUAUUCAAAUAGGCAAAGGUGAUAUAGAAAACUUAAGACUGGAAAAUUCAUUCAAAGAGUCUUCUGCAGAUAUGGGAAGGAUUGGCUUAGCUUUGUACAGUGGAUUAUUUGCUUAUGGUGGAUGGAAUUAUCUGAACUUUGUUACUGAAGAGAUGAUUGACCCUUUCAGAAAUUUGCCACGAGCUAUCAUCAUCUCAUUACCCAUUGUUACAUCUGUAUAUGUGCUUACUAAUCUGGCUUACUUCACAACCCUGUCACCGCAGGAAAUGCUGGAUUCUGAAGCUGUUGCUGUGGAUUUUGGAAAUUACCAUUUAGGGGUCAUGGCUUGGAUUAUUCCUGUUUUUGUUGGGUUGUCUUGUUUUGGAUCUGUGAAUGGAUCACUCUUCACAUCAUCUAGGCUGUUUUUUGUUGGUUCACGAGAGGGGCAUCUUCCAAGCUUACUGUCUAUGAUCCAUCCUGGGCUUCUUACACCAGUACCUUCUCUGGUGUUCACUUGUUUAAUGACUAUACUUUAUGCAUUCUCAAAUGACAUCUUUUCAGUCAUCAACUUCUUCAGCUUUUUCAACUGGCUUUGCAUUGCCAUGGCAAUUAUUGGCAUGAUGUGGCUGAGAUACAAGAAACCAGAAUUAGAAAGACCCAUUAAGGUCAAUAUCCUUCUCCCAGUCAUUUUUGUCCUUGCUUGCGUAUUUUUGAUUGUGGUUUCAAUCUGGAAGACACCAAUAGAGUGUUUGAUAGGCAUGGUUAUCAUCCUCACUGGCAUUCCUGUUUACCUGUUUGGAGUUAAGUGGAGAAACAAGCCAAAAUGGGUUUUGAAGAUUAUAUAUUCUUCAACAGUUUUUUUCCAGAAGAUCCUUGAGGUGGUGCCUCAGGAGUCCUGAAACAGCCAGGUCAUCUUGUAAUGAAGCAUGAACAAAGACUCAGCACUUAUUGGAUAACUUACUUUCUCAUGCUGGUAACACUGGAACAAAUAACAUGUGGAAAUAUCACCUGGAUAAAACCACAGAAUGUUGUGUGAGUGAGAGUAUGUGUGUUUGUGUGUUGGUUGUAGGGUGAAAUAUUUUCUUGUGCAAGAGAAUACUCUGUUCACAAGGCUUAAUGGGAGGGUUAGCGGACGUGGGUAGCUGUUCUUCAUGCAACUGGGACUUGAACAUUUUAGGACGUAAAUUUGUGAAGAAGUUAAUGUUGUGGUAUUUUUAAUUUUCAUUUAAAUUUUCGAUUUUGGCCUAAAAUAUUCACAAUAGAGCAAAAAAUAUUGUUGAAUUUCAACCUGUGCUAGAGGUGGACCCAUUCCAAAUCAAUGUGAAAAGUCUCAAAUACAGGUUAAUAUAUGGACAAUCCAAUCUUUUGCUUCAUGUGAAGGCCUAAUUUAGGCUUAUUAUGGAAUGCGAAUGAUAGGAAAAAAGAGCUUUCUUUCUGAGCAAACAACAAACUAACUUACAUAAGGGCAUUUUACAGGGCAGUUACAGAGUUGUGCUUAGCUCAGUGGGAAAGUGGGAGGGGGGUGGGGGGUUUGGGUUUUGGGGCAUUCCUGCAGUCUUCUGAUAAAGUAACCAUAAAAUGUUGUGUGAGGAAACAUUCUGAAACAGACGUGCACAUUACAUUUCUACAAGAAUUGUUUAAAAAGGAAGUAACUGGCACUUAAAGGUACAUGUCUGGUGUGUACUGCUAUACUGUCUGUAACAGAGAUGCAUCCUGUAAACUCCAUUUCUACAAUAAAAUUAUUAAAUAGCAACUAUAGAUUACACUUGACCUUUAGAAAGAUUUGAUUGAAGUCACCAGGGGGUUGCGCCAAUUUUUCAUAAAAUAAAUGCGGGAAAACAAAAUGUAACUGAUGAUGUUUUAAACCCCAAGUCCCCAUUGUCAUCCAAUUUAUGUGGUCCAGAUCUCUAAUUAUCAGUCAUUGUAUUUGUGAACACUAUUAGAAAUGUGUGUAUUAUUAUAACAUCCUUCAGAGAAGGCGAUGUAAACUCUGUUUCGAAUAUGUUGUAAAGUUCACAUAUUCUCAACUCUACUGUACAAGAAAAAAUCCAAAUGCAAAGCAGUUAAAAAUGGCUCCAAAGCAUUUUUGUUGUUUUCCCGCUGUAUAAUGCAUUAUAUACAAAAUAAAAAAUGAUGCAUACAAUAUGUUACAGGUGUGAGUGUAGCCUUUGAAUAUACACCUGAUAAAGAUACAGAUGUUUCUCGGUAUGUACUGUCAUAUCUGGGGCCUAAGGAGGCCACAAUAGAUUUAGGCAAAGGGAAGCAUGCCACAUCUGUACUCUGUCGUUUUGUUGUGUUCCUAAAGUCAUUUAGAGACCACCUUUGUGGGAAAAACACGAGAAUGAAGCAUACAAUUGCUAAUAAAGUCAAAUAUUGAGGCAGCCUUAGUGCAUUUCCAUGCACUGUACAUUGUAAUGUUCCUCUGCUUUUUUAGGUUACAUUAUGUACAGUAGCCAUUUCUAAUUCCAUUAUAAAGCUUCUAAGGCUUUAUGUAGUAAAUAACUGUAGUAAUCUUGCUGGAUAUUUUGCAAACCCUUUGAUUUCUAAAAAAUGAGUAAGUUAAUUUGUUAGGGAAAGAGAGCCCUAAAUUUCUCCUUUUGAAAAAAGAAGUCAACACUACUUUUUGAAUGUUAAAUAUGUUCAGUGGGAGUAAUAUUGUUAUCUGAAAAUGUUAUUCUCAAGAAAAUAUAUCCAUGAACCAUGGAUACUGAUGUUAGUUUUUAGUAUAGCAUAGUAGGAAGGAACAUUCUCUUUACAAAAAUUGAAAUAGUGAGGCUUUAACAACAUAAGGUAACAACACCAUCUCUUCGUUCUUGUCACUGCAGACAAAUGAAAUGACUUGCUUCUGUUAUGUGGUGGGCCCUUAGUUUGUCUUCAGAGGGUCAGACAAAAGUUUAGACUAACUACUUACAUAAAGCUUCAUAGAUGUGUAUAAGGUGGUCCAGAAGCUUUAAUUUCUUUUAGCUUGCUUAAGCAAAUAUUUCAUGAAGUUUUCAUGGUAGAAUACUGGGAAAUUCAGAGUAAGAUAUGAGAAUUUUCUAUCCCUUCCCUCAUUGUUUAAGUGGGAAGUGGCAAGAGUGGAUACAAAUCAUGCACAAUGAAAAAUUAAACCAAGAUGAAUUUAAUAGGUCACUUGAGACAAAUGUUUUAAAUACUUUAGCUGUAAAGCCAGAUUGAGAUUUGUAUGUUACUCUUAACUGUAAUAAAAGUAUAACAAUUGUUAAUGUUUCCUGAGAAGCUCAGCAUAUUUUAAGUAUUUCAGUGGCGUUGCUGAGUUUUUGAAAAAAUUCAAAAGUUCGUUAUUCAUGGAUAGUGAUUGUAUAAGUACAUACUGUAGUUCCUUUAAUGUGUUUACAACCAUGUUAAAAUUAUGUACCCUCCCCCUUUUUAAAUACUGUAAUAUUUGUACACAUGUAGUUUUUGGCUCGCUAGGAAUGCUUCCACCUGCCUGAGCCUUUUUUUCUCACAUCAACUGACAAGUUGUCUUUAGAACUUCAGUAGGAGUCCUCACUCAGCUUAUCUGGUUAAUGUUGAAUGCUAAAGUCCCCCAACACAUUGCUUACUAAGAGAUGACACACUGUUCUUUUAUGACCACAUGCUAUUUUUCUUACAUUUUUUUAGUUGAUAAAUGCAGUAUUAUGCUAUGACUGACUUCUGGUUUAAGUAUAUGUUAAAAGCCCUGCUAAAUGAUGGCUUUUUAGAAAAAUGUUUUUAUAUUUUACAAGUUUCUAACUUUUUUUUAAUUUUGCUAAAUUCUGAUCCUAAUAAAGUGUGACUAGGCUUAGGGCCUGAAGUAGAGGCAGAGUUUAUAAAUUCUGGUGGAACUCGAGUGUUGCUGUAACUCUGUCAGCAAAGGCACUUAAAUUAAGUUUUUGAAGUAUAUGUGGUUUAAUAUAUUUAGUCUGCAGCAUAUUUCUUGUUAACUUAUAUUUACUAACUUAAAAUGUUAUAGAUGGAAAUAUUUAUUAUAGGUUUUAUUCUUAAUGACUACUGUCUUAAAUGACUUUUUUCUGUAUGACAGUGAUAUGUACAGUUACUGAUGGGAAGACUGCUGAGUCUGAAGAACCAUUUUAUGUGUUUUUUUAUGUUAUAAAAAAUUUUUCUGAUCCUUAAAUUUGUUUACUUCAUGGUGACAUUGUAGUUCAAAUAAGUGCGCACAAUAUAUUGGAGAUUAGCUCUUGAACCUUGUUAAAAACUUCUGAUUUUGGAUUUUAAACACUCCUAAGGUUCUUAUCAUAUAAUGAGCCACACACUGUGCAUUGCUCUAGAGGUCCACUGUCAAGAGUAAGGCCAUUGAUCCUCUUAGCCCACUUGGUACUAGAGGAUUAGGCAGGUUUUUCUUUUCCUUUUUCUUUUUUCUUUUUAUAUAAAGGAAAUUAUUUUUUGUGCUGUUACUGACUUUGUUAGAAGAGAUUCACUUUUAUUGUACUUUAUUAUUUUUUUCACACUAUGGAAACAUAUUCCUAUAUAUUCAAGGGUUUUAAGGGUGUAAGCAACAGUCUAUAGAGUAUAAUGAGUAACUAGGGUUUCUGAAUAAUUACAAAGAAGAACACACAGUUAAGCCUCCUUAUGACUUGUAACUUGUCCAAAACUUUUGGGAUGAAACACAACUGCAAAUGAUUGGUUCCUUGCAGCUGGUUACCUGGAGGAGGGUGAAUAGGCAUGCACAAUAUAUGCCAGUCUUGGCAGCAAUAUUGUGUACGGUCACAGUUCACUACUCUGUAUCCAGUACAUCUGAUCCUUACAAAAAGAAUUUGCUUUUUUUAUUCAACUUUAUUUCUAAUGUUUUUCGUUAAUAAUUUAAAUAAUAAUAGUAAGAAAAAAUGUAGCAACUCAUCCUCUUAACUCUUUAACAGAAUGUAAAGUAAUGCAGUAAUGGCAUAUUAGCCUGCAGAGUGUAGAAUGCUGUGCAUAGCCAACCACGUCCAGCUUACAAAGGCACACUGUGGAAAAGCCAAAACCAUCUUUUAUUUUAUAAAUCACCUUUCCCAGAAAACACCAUCCCUAGGUGCCUUUCAAAGCACAAAAUAUUCUGAAAGGAUACUAUAAAUAAAAUGCAUGACUGGACGCCUCUCGAUUCCCAAGAAACUUGGGAGUGAAGCGAAAGGGUGAUCUGUGAUAAAAUAAAAUCAGAUAUCAGGAAAUAUGUCACAUUUUUGUUCUUUCUAAUUGAGUAUUCCUGGACUAUAUGUGUUUAGAAGAGGAAAAAAAGGGAUGUUCUUGGUUUUCUGGCUGCUAAUGUAUCAUACUGUACAAUCUUUUAAAAGAUUGUAAUAUUAAGUUCAAAAUGAGAGAAGUUUUAGUUUUCUGACCUUUAGGAAUGAGAUUUUUUUUGGUAAUUAAGCAGGAUAGACUAGUUAUAUAAAAUACAUAUUCUGCAUUUUUAUGAUUUGAAGCCCAGCAUGCCACUAUUGUGACAGUGUCGGUAAUGUAAAAGUGAAUAUUUAAGGCCUGCUUUAUUUUUGUGACUUGCAAAUUAGUCCAUUGCCAAAGUUGAAACACGUACCUUGCAAUUGAGUGAUAUUUUUCAGUUAUUGUAUCAUUCUGCCUGCCCGUUCUUUGCUGUUUAGAUGCAGGUGCAUUACAAAGUGUAAGAAAAUAGGUUUUCCGUGGCUUUGCAGAACAGGAGCACAUCACACAUACCUCUUUAGUCUUCUGAUCCCAUGCAUGACCAUGGAAAGUGCUCUUAAAGAAUCACAUUGUGGCCAUUAGAGAAAAGGGGCAUUCAACAGUGUCUAUCUGAAUAUUCCUAUGUCUGUAAUUUCUGGGAGAAUGUAUUGCUUUUAUUUUGUCAUUAUAAUAAAAUGAACAGGUGUCCUCAUUCCACUGCCCAAAUGUAUGUCGUAUAUCAAAUCUGCAGAACCCUGUUUGUGUAUUCUAUUUUGGUGAGUUCUAUGGGAUAUUAAGUUGAAUUACCAUUUUUAACUGAUGUAUUUUUUUAUGUUCUCCUUAAAAGUGUCUCUGUAAAAUAUUUUAGUAAAACUGUUUGUUACUUGAUAAAUGACCAAAUGCAAUACCUAACACUUCGCUAUUUUAUCUGAUUGUUUAGAACUGUUGCUUUUUUGUUUUAGUUUUAACCUCAAGUAAAAUAAAUUACUUUUAAAGAAA